AUGCCACGCUGCGCCGUCCCAUGCCGGGCCGUGCUAUGUUGCACCAUGCUGUGCUGCACCGUGCUGUGCCAUGCCUGGGGCUCGGUGUGCAUUGCAGCAGGGCCCGGUACGCGGGAUGUCUCCCAGGUGGUGGUAUCGGCGUGCUGCUGCCCUCUCUUCCUGGACACUUCUGGGAUCUGGUGGCAGGACCCACCAUCCCUGGCAGCAGUGGAGGAGUCCUGGGAUGUGGCAGAGAUGGCAGCUCUGCAGAAGGCUGUAGGGGAAGACUCGGACCUGAGCCGCCUGGAGGGGGACAGUGCGGAGGAGCUGGGUGUGCAGGACCCAGAGUUGGAAGCCAUCAAAGCCAGAGUGCGGGAGAUGGAGAAAGAGGAUGAGAGGCUGAAGGAGUUGCAGCUGGAAGCUGAGAGCCGCUUCAUCAUGAGCUCGGAGGCAGGUCUGUUCCCAAAGACGACAGAGGAGAAAAUGGAGGUUGACCAGCGAUCCAUCUAUGUGGGCAAUGUGGACUAUGGUGGGACUGCAGAGGAGCUGGAAUCUCACUUCAACAGCUGUGGGCAGAUCAACCGGGUGACCAUCCUCUGUGACAAGUUCUCGGGACACCCCAAAGGGUAUGCGUACAUCGAGUUUGAAGAGAAGAGCUCUGUGAAGGCAGCAGUGGAGCUGGACGAGAGUGUGUUCAGAGGCCGUAUCAUUAAGGUGCUGCCCAAGAGAACCAACAUGCCGGGCAUCAGCAGCACUGACCGUGGGGGCUACCGGGGCCGCUUCCACCCCCGGGGAGGGCUCUCCCAGCGAGGAAGCUAUUACGGAGGACAACGCUCACGGGUGCGAGGGAGGACAUACAGGGGUCGGGCAAGAGUGCUGCCUUGGUAUUUUCCAUACUAA